UACGCACUGAGAGUGGGAACACAGUUGUACACUAGACAAACAUGAACGAAGAGAACAAGACCCUGACCGACCAGCCGUUCAGCCCAGCGGGGACAGACACCUCCAUGUCCCCACAUGGAUCGGAUUCAGAGUCCCCGGGUUCUCCAGGAGGCUCCGAGGCCCCGGGGCCAGCGCGCGCAAAUACGCACAAACCAGAGGGCAGCGCAGAGGAUGAGCGCUUUCCCGCCUGCAUCCGCGACGCGGUCUCGCAGGUGCUUAAAGGAUACGACUGGUCUCUGGUACCCGUGCCCAGCCACGGGAGAGGGCUGAAGAACAAACCGCACGUGAAACGGCCCAUGAACGCGUUCAUGGUCUGGGCACAGGCUGCGCGGAGGAAACUGGCGGACCAGUACCCCCAUCUGCACAACGCCGAACUCAGCAAGACCCUGGGCAAACUGUGGCGACUUCUGUCUGAAACUGAGAAGCGUCCCUUUGUUGAAGAGGCAGAAAGACUGAGGUUACAGCACAAGAAAGACUAUCCAGACUACAAGUACCAGCCUCGAAGACGGAAGAGCACCAGAGCAGGUCCAGGGGAGUGUAGACCAGGCCUGAACCAGCAGACAGAGGCUGGGAUGACCCGGCUGAGUGGUACCGCGGAGGUCCACCAGCAUUACCAUCCAGACAGGACAGGUCAGACACAUGGACCUCCAACACCUCCCCCCCCCAAAACUGACCUCCACAUGGGGGUCAAACAUGAAUACCAGCGGCCUGUGGAGGCGUGCCCCGGCGCUGUUGCCCCUCCCACCCGUCAGAACAUCGACUUCAGCCACGUGGACAUCUCUGAGCUCAGCACCGACGUCAUCAGCACCAUGGAUGGCUUUGACGUGCACGAGUUCGACCAGUACCUGCCCCCCAGCAGCCGCUCUGCUGUUUUAACCCCCCCAGAUGCCAGUCAUGGACACAGCAGCUUCUCUGGAUCAUCGUUGGUCCUCCCAUGCACCCACUCCCACUCCCACUCCCACAGCGCUCCCACCUGGACCCACAAACCGGGCUCUCAUGGUGGACUGCCGGUGUCCUCUUCUACUCGGGACGUCCUCGGGCCCCAUGAGGACCAGAAACCUCAGAUUAAAACUGAGCAGAUGAGCCCUAGCCACUACUCCUCCCAGUGCUCCGCCUCCUCCACCCCCCCGCCCCCACCACACCAACCUGAAUACACCCCCCUGAACCCCGGUGCCUGCCCUUCAUCCUCCUCAUCCUCUGAUCUACAGAGCUUCUACGGGGCCUUUUCUGGAUACCCUGCCAGUCUGUACCAGUACCCAUACUUCCAUCCUUCCCAUGGACCCUUGACUACGCCCCUAAUCAACAGCCUGACUCUGGCUCCGCCUCCACACAGUCCUCCCUCUGGCUGGGAGCAGCCUAUCUAUACAACGCUCACCAGGCCUUAAAGACGAUGAAUCCUCAAAUGUGUACAAUAUUGUAUAUGUCGUUAACCUCAUAUCAUAAUUACCUAACUCAUACACAAAUGGACAAAAGUAUGUGGACAUGUUGAAUUCAGGUGUUUCUUUUCUAACGGGGUCUGGGAUACAAAACAAUAAUGACAGAUGUCAAUAUAGAUUUGUAUCGGGAU